UUACACACCACAUUAUUUUUCAUCCAUUUAUACCUGGUGAUACACACCAAGUAUAAUUACUUUUGAGUUAUUUUCACGUUGGGCAAAAGGUUAUGGCGCAGCAAGGUCCAGAAGGUCAACCAGGGCCAUCUAAGGGCGACACUGGUGACGUGAAAUCACCUCUAUUUGAGCCAGCUUUGUCGCCAGAGGAGCUUCUGGCUAAUCAACGGGCAACAGCUAUAAGAAACUGCCUCAGUGACGCCUACGUUUCCCAGCAGAUCUUGAGUGAGCGUUUGAUUCGUAUUUACAACUGGGUGAUUAAUGGCGUCAAGGAGGAGAAGGUCUUCACAGCCAGUGAGCUGUCGGUCAGAGACUCCGAGACUGACCGAAUUUACCAGCAGUACAGCGACGCACACAAACUGAUUCAACAGCAGCUGUUACACCUCCCAAGAGAGCACCGUGAAGCUGAGCAAUCUGCCAGGUCUUACUGGUUAAACAACAAAUUCCUCACGGUGGAAGAGGGCUAUUUUGAGACCUCAGCUCUGCUCAAAGACAAAUUGUCUCUCUUAAGACCACCACCCAGUGCCACAGUAGUUCAAAACAUCAAUGAACUACCACCACUUGAUGUACCAACUUUUGAUGGUGAUUACACUACGUGGUUAGGCUUCGCGGACAUGUUUGAUCAGGUCGUAAUACAAAGACCUGGUUUAUCAGACAUCUCCAAAUUCAGACAUUUGCUAUCGGCACUGGAUGAGAGGACUAAGGAGAAGAUCAGUGGCAUCUCAGUUACUGGUGACAACUUCUCCUUAGCCUGGGAGAAACUAAAAAAAGAUUAUGGUAAUCCAAGGAGGUUGGUAACAGCAGAGUUGUCAAAUAUGCUUGACCACUUCAAGAUGUCAGCACCAUGUGCUCAAGAGUUGUCACGAAUAAUCUCUCGUGUAGACCAUUCAUCAGCGGCACUACGCAAAUUGGGUCGUCCUGUUGAUUAUUGGGACGACAUUAUUGUAUAUAGAGUUAGCAAGUUAUUACACAACUCCUUGGCAGCCUCCUGGGAGAAGAAGAUAGCAAACACCACUGAACCUCCAUCCUGGUUGGAGUUUCGAAACUAUCUGACUUCUCAGGAAAGAGCCUUGGAGUUGGUGGAGCAGUUAAAUACAUCUCCGAGUCCACAGAGUUCAUUGCGAACUCAUCAUGGUGCAACAGCAUCACCAUCAGCUAACACAUAUUAUUGUGAACUCUGCAAGAGCAACUCACACAACUUGGUGAGGUGCCAAAAAUUCAUUGACAUGUCACCGGUCGCCAGAGAUGAAUUUGUUAAAACAAAAAGGGCAAAAUUCAUCUGUUUCAACUGCCUGGGCUCUCAUGCAGUUGCACACUGCAAGAUAUCACAGACGUGCAGGAGAUGUCCUGGGCAGAGGCACCACACCAUGUUGUGCUACAAGAGCAGGUCCAAGAGGGCCACAGAGCCAACACCAUCAUCAACAUCAAAGCCAACUACAGCUCCAACACCAGCAUCGACAUCAGCAGCAGCAGAAAAGAAAGUAAACACAACAUAAAUAUUUGGGUUUUGCUGUUGUUGAUUGAGCCAACAGUUGGCAUUGUUAGUAGAGCCUCUACUGUCUCGAGAUGGUCUCGAGGCAAUAGUUCAUCGUUUUUUUGUGCCUGAACAAAAAAAGACACAAAUCACCAGAGCAACAAUGACUUUGUAAUUUUGUACAACAUUCUCUACACUUACUAUCUUUGAUAUAUUCAGUAUUUUUUUUUUAUAAUUAAAAUCAUUUUUUUUAUACGUAAAAUCAUGUAUUAUUACUAAACUUAAAUUCACUCUUGUAUAUAUUUAAAAUCAUUUUUACAUAUGUAUAUAUUUAAAACCAUUUUUGAUACGUUAUUAUUAUUCUUUUUCUACAUAAAAUUCGAGCCAAUAAGUUAUCAGUUAAAUAUUUAAUUUAACAUUGUUUUUUUUACAUUAUAUUUUGCAAAAAUAUUACUUGUUCAUGUGGUCAAUAUUCAUCAUUUAUUUUUCUUUUUUUUACACAUAUAUUGACACAAUUAAUUAAAAAAAACAACAAAACUAAA